AUGCCGAUUUCGACUAAAGUUAAAACCAAAAGUUGUUGUGAUCGUGUUUAUAGAGCCUCCACUACGUCUUCCUCGAGUGACAAGAAGUCUGCGAAGAAAAUUGUUCAGAAGAAGACACCGGUGAAGAAUGAUGGCAAGUGUUGUUCUGCUGGAAUUAUCACCAAGCCUCCGGUCGUUAAGCCUAAGAAAACAACGAAAUCUGAUCUUUGUUUUGCGAGUAAAUCCCGUCCAUUCCUUGAUUAUUGCAAGAAAUGCGGAGACGCCGUCGAUUCUACGUCGAACAAAGAAAACAGAAACAUAGUAAGGCACAUUGGUGACACUUGCACCAUACCACUACUGCAAUUGUAUUCCGGAAAAGGUUCUGACAGUUCCUCACAAAGAAGCAGCGUCAAAGAACCUGUGGAAAAGCAGAAAGACACGAAAUCAGAAAAGCAUCCCAAUAAGAAAAGUACUAUAGAGUCUGAUAAAAUUCCGGCCUUUAUAAGAAACAAGUCUGAUAAAAGCGUGGCCAGUAAAUCUGACAAAUUAGGCAAAGCAAGUAGCAAAGCAUCAAAAAAUUCAGUUCAAGAGUAUUACAUGAAUGAAAAUUUUCGUAGAUCUUCUGAUUCCACUCAGGACAUUAACAAACAUCUAAAAAAGCCAUUUCUGGACACUAUAACGGAACUACCUGAAGUAUCUACUGUAAUUGAGAAAGAUAAUUCAGAUUUAGAGUCACAGAUCUUUGAAAUAUUCACUGACUCUGAUGAUGACGAAGUGACUAUUGAUCCUGAUGAUUACGAAAGUUUGAGGAAGCUUAGAGACUUCAGGGAUUAUAACUAUUUCGAGUGUCACUCAGCUAAAACUAGAGUUGAGAGCAAGGGAAGCGCGACCAGUUUAAUAGACCACAAAUGUGUCUACAGAUUCUAUUUAAAUGAUAGGUUGUUUCCUGAACCUUUAAGUACGGAUCAUCAGAAGAACAUUCGAUGUACUAAAUGUCAUUUGCCAUUAGACUUAAGGGAUGACAAUCCUAGGUCUACCUCGAAAGACAUCAAUGGAACAAUCCAAGCAAAAGUAAAGCUAGGAUAUGGAGAUACGGCCCAAGAUAUGGUCCUUAUGCUUCCAGUGAAGGAGCCUCUGAUAAUUCGUGAAAAGAGAAAAGAAAGGCAGAAAGAAGAAAAGGAAAUCAUGUACUUUGGCGUUAUAAAACUGGAUUCUUAUGGAAAUUCUAUAUUCAACCAAACCCUACCAACAGAUUCUUUAGCUUUAAAAUAUCAGAAGGGAUACAAAGAAUUUGUCAGUGGUUCCGAAGACUUCAAAUACGAGAAAGUGAACGAGUGUGACGUCAUCGUAAUUUAAAAAAAAAUGUUUUA